UAAAUGAAAAUAUAUACAAAUAUAAAACAAUAGUGGAGCGAGUGGUUGGGAAACGAGAUUUGGGCCUCGGAUUUUGAAUCCAAGGGUGGGUUUUGGAUUUCUUUCACAGCCGCAAAACCGAGGAUUCCAAAUUAUGUCCCAAUACCUAUGAUUUGUGGAAUUCCUGGCUCCAUAUCGUCGUCUCCCUGACUCCGCGAUUGAGAUCUUUGUUCUCUCUCCUUCGAUCUCUCUCAAAGCAGGUUUAGCUUCCAAGCUCAGUUCCGUUGCCUUAUCAGUUGUCAUCCCUUUGAACCCUAACUGUUCGAGUCAUUCUCUCAGAUAAAAUACUUAAUCUUGGAUGCUGAAACCCGAGCAAGUCUUCUAUGACCUGAAGUUGGGACCGAGAGAAGACAUGGAUAAGAAGGGCGGAGAUAGUUUUAGACUCGAGCCUCAAAUGAGGUUUUCACGAUGAAAACUUAUGAAUUAUCUACUUUAAACAGAAAAUGAAACUACGGAGGAACCUUCACGUGUGGAAGUUGGGAAUGAUGAACUAUGCUUCUGCUCUUAAACUCCAAGAGCAGCUAGUUUCUGAAAGAAAAGCUGGCAGAAUUCCGGACACUAUUUUGUCCCUUCAACACCCACCUACAUAUACACUCGGAAAGCGACGGACUGAUCACAACUUACUAGUUCCCGAGUCUGACCUCAAAUCCAUGGGUGCUGAGCUUCACUACACUGAAAGAGGAGGCGAUAUAACAUUCCAUGGACCAAGACAAGCCAUCCUAUACCCGAUAAUUUCGCUUAGGGAUAUCGGUUUUGGUGCUAGAAAGUAUGUUGAAGGCCUGGAAUCAACAAUGAUAGAUCUAGCUUCUAUACAUAGAGUGAAAGCUCGCCCAGGAAUCAAAGGGGAGACGGGGGUUUGGGUUGGAGACAGUAAGAUUGGUGCAAUUGGUGUUAGGAUAUCUUUAGGCAUCACAUCCCAUGGAUUGGCCUUCAAUAUUGAUCCUGAUCUGAACUAUUUUAAGCAUAUUGUGCCUUGUGGGAUUGCGGAUAAAGGUGUGACAUCCUUGAGAAAUGAGACAGAAAUGGAACUUCCGGACGAUGAGGUAAUACAUGAGCAGCUUGUCCAGUGCUUUGCAAAAUUGUUGCAUUACACCGAUAUCCAAUGGAUAUCGGAUACUUCACCUUUGUCUACUUAUUAGAAGAUUAAAUGGGAGGUUUGUUCGUCGAUUUCUUUUUUCCCCUUGAAAGUUUGUAAUUUUGAUAUAUCUGAUAAAACUACCAUUAAUUAUGGUGAAUAAAAUUCAUUGUAUUUGUGAAGACUGUCCACGGAGGAGUAACUAAUAGAGACGCAUUUCUUUGAUGCGCUUCACGUGUAUAAUGAUUCUAUGAGAACACUUUUUUAUUAUUAUGGAAGUUUACUAAAA